AUGACUUCCGAAGACAGGUUGAAAGGACCAGACCAACCGAAGCUGUGCGCCAAUGGGUGCGGGUUCUUUGGGACAGCGGCAAACCAGAACCUCUGUUCCAAGUGCUACCGCGACAACGUCCUCCGUAACUUAGAGAAGCGCUCUUCCUCUUCUUCUUCCACGGUGGUUUCCUCUUUACCUUUGCCGUCGUCGUCACCUUCGCCGACGACAUCUUCUUCUCCUCCUCCUGCAUCCUCGGUGGGUUCGAAAUCAACGGUGAACAGAUGCGCUAGCUGCAGGAAGCGUGUAGGCUUAUUGGGUUUUACGUGCCGGUGCGGGAGCACAUUCUGUUCGAUUCACAGAUACCCAGAGAAGCAUCAAUGUGGAUUCGACUUCAAGACCACUAGAAGAGUCGCCAUAUCAGAGACAAUCCAACAAUCAAGGCCGACAAACUCGAUGAGAGAAUCUGAGCUUUUUUUUUCAUUCCUUCCUUCAUAUACUCUUAGCAGAGGCAAUUAG